AUGGAUUUCCACAACUGGCGUCUUAUUUUAACCGUUGUCCUGGUCAAACAAAGAGCAACCGACUGUGACCUGCUGUCCCAGCCAACAUUCCAAACCUUAGCCCAGGCGCAGGUAGAAUUAACAGUUACUCCAGCGACAGUGUUCAGCCAACAUGCUUCGUCAUCAAACACAUCAUCUUCGUCAUCGCCAUCCCUAACCACAAUUUCUACGAUCACUUCAAAUACUACAGAUGUAUUUCUGAAAUUCAUCGUCGCUGUUAUAAAAUGUGAAGCGACCACUUAUUCGAGCUUCAGCAGCAGCACGGCAUCCACAGUCGCAACCACUACCACGGCAAACAUCAUUAACACUUUAACGACGGUGUUUGUACCACUUAAUCCAGGUGUUAAUGUUGUCCCUCCAACAACUACUACUCCUUCAACUCCUCCAGCUGCUUAUAGCACUACUACUGCUGCCACUAUUAGCAAUCUUACUGUUCCGUGUUUUGCUGGAAAUAAUAACGAAACGAUACGGAACAAUGUACAAAAGCAAAUGAUUGACAGCUUGGUGUUAGACGCAAAUGAUUUGGCGGUUUUGUCAAUCACCAACUACAACACGUGGAAUGCCAAACUGAGCCUGAUGUUGAGGUCCCCGGCAGCCUACAAAAACGUAACACAGCUACUCAACAGCCCAUCCAACUACAUCUUCAUUUCGAACAACAAAGUUUACUUCACGAAUAACUACACGGCAUACAACUAUAGUCGGAACUGCACAUCAACCUGCUUAUAUUUAUGCGCUGUUGAUGACCAGGGCGAUCCAACUUGUCUCUGCAGCUACACAAACACGGGGACCGCAAAUGUUUACGGAUGCAGUAGUCAGACCAGAGCUGUAGCCAACGAUUCUUACUUAGAUCGAAGAUACCUCGGCCUCCUAGCCAUACCGGUGUUCGUCAUUCUCGUUAUAAUCAUCGGGGUCAUCGUGUUUUGCUGCAUGAAGAAGAAAAACGAUCCAGGAUUUGUGGGAGGAAACAGUUCAGCGAAAUCGAAAUAUUUGAAAAAGUAUGACACUGUGGAGGUAGCUAGUGAUCAAGGGCACAUUAAUACGGUGACGACGAAUGCAUACGUAGAUGAAGAUGGCUAUACAAGAGCUAUCAACUUGAACAACAACACGAACAACGACUUGAACAACAACACGAACGACGGUGGAGAUAUAGGCACCGUCUACAAGAAUAACGAUGAAUUUCGUCGUUAUCUGACGUUAAAAAGCGACCAAGGUUCUGUGAUGGUGAAUCCAACGUUCGAUGAUAAUUAAGAAAAGUUUAUCUUCUGCUUCAAAGAACGCUGUUUAAAAUUCAUUAAAAAGAUGUAAAAAUUUAAUUAUUGUAUUAUAUGUCAAAAGUGAGGUGAUUUAGAUUUGAAUAAUUCAGUUUUAAGCUUUAAUUAACAUUAGUAACGUAUUUGUUAUUUGAUCUGUUUUAGUAUUUUUAACAUGCAAUCUGGUGUUGUCGUUUCUAGCUGGCAUAAAUUUUUUACACAAAAUAUGGUGAUAAUUCAACACGCUUUAUUAUAAUUUAUUUUUUUAUUAGUAAUACAAUUCAAUUGUUCAGAAAAAUAAAUUUAUUCAAUUGACAACAGCAAG